AUGGGUGAGUAGCAGGCCAAUUAUCUAACUCACCACACCUGGCUGCAACCUGAGCAAUCAACUUGGUAGCAAACAAUUAAGGUCAGGCACACCUAAAAUGGUGGAUAACUAUGCAUGGCAAUAUAUACUUUUAAGCAUUUUAGAUUAUAAUAUUAAAAUAUAAUGGGCCAGGCUAAGGCUGCAUCGUCACAUCCCCAAGCCAAGUUACCAAACUUACCUUGGUAUCCACAAUGACAGGAGAAGUUGAAAAUUGUAUCACACUGUCUACAUAUACCAUCCAGGUGUAGAGAUCAGUGAGUGACUGAGUGAAAUGCCUUAUCAAAACCCCUAAUGCUUAACUUUCAGAGAGGGGGCCGGGUCAGGUGAAAAGGCACCUGACCCGGGCCCCUGGCUGUCUCAUCACCUGGGGUGUGUUCAGUUCGCCUCAACGGUUGCGUGAUGGUUUGUACUGAAUGACAUGUUUCCCCCAAAAUGGUGCGCACCGUUCUUUAGCAACUUUUGAAGUACAUUUCCUACGGUUUGGUGGUUGUGGCGAGGUCUGGCCUGAUCAAUACAGGUGUGAAAUGGAAGUGAAUAAGGGUGAACUAUCGGAGGUGGCACGUUCUCAGAGCUUGCACAGGAUAAAGAUGAGUCUGUGACGGUAGGAGUGACAUUUUUUGAGAAAGUGAACCCCUGCCUUUUGGCUGAUCCAGAUCUGGUUUCAGGGUGGGUGAAAUCAAAGUUGGGUGCAGUGGAAUCGGUGAAGGUAACCCGACGUGGUCUUGUGGAAAUUGUUUGUAUUUCUGCCGGUCAGAGGGAGCUGGCGCUCCACACCACAUGAUAAGGGACAAGAGAUUUAACUUGUUUUGCUCUCAGGAAAAGGGCACCAUUGAAAGGAGUGAUUACUGGGGUAGCUGUAAAUGUGAAAGUUGACCAACUGAAGGGGAAGAUUCCCGGUGUUUGUGAUGCUCGUCGUUUGGUGCGACUCAAACAGGGUGGCAUGAAUGGAGAAACAGUAAUUGUCUGUUGUUUUGAUGUUAAGUAUUUGCCCGACAAAGUGAUGUUAGGAUAUUUAAGUUUUCCCGUACGAGCCUUUGUGCCGAAUCCAUUACGUUGUUACGUGUGAAGCUUAUGGGCAUUUGGCACCAGUGUAUAGGAGGAAGGUUCCUAGGUGUGAGAAGUAUGCAGAAGGGCAUGAAACAAAGGAAUGUGUAAUAUUGGGGAAAGAAGUGGUAUGUGUUAAUUGUAUGGGUGCCCAUGGGGCUGGGGAUCAGAAGUCUCUGGUGAGAGUCAGGUUGAGGUUACCAGGGUUAGAGUAGUGAUGAGGCAGAGAAGAAAGUAGAGGAAGAUGGGUUAAGGGGGAGGGAUCCUGAGAGGAGUCAUGUGAGUAGUAGAUCUGUGCCAGCACAGAGGGAUAGGCCAUUGAGUGAUAUAUGCUUCAGUAAGACUGGCCUUUUAUGGCUCAUAUCAAUGGUUAUCAACUGUACCGCAGAGAUGGAAUGUAAGUCGCAGAAAAGAGGGGGUGGUGGUGGCAGCAGCAGAGAAGUAUGUGGGUGUAUGAGAUUUGACGUCAGAAGAGUUACAGGGUGUGUUGAGUGGUGGUGUCCGUCUUCCUAGGCCAUUGGCCUGAGGUAGGAUCAGAUAGGUUUGAAUAGGGUGGUGGGGGUUUUUAAUGUGUAGGGUUAGAUGGCAGAGUAUUUCUAUUUGUAAUUUUUUUCAUUUUCCCACUUAAAGUAUAAGGGAUUUAUACCCUAGUUGGUGGCGGUAAGGCAACAUUUAUUGAAUGCCAACCGCCGAUAAACCUCAUCCGGAAGAAGAAGCUACGUCACAUCCUAUUUCACGAUGGCGGUUGAUUUGACUCCGAGGUUUAGACGAUUGAACAGUCAAACACGGAGCCUUCGUGAAAAUGUUAAACCAGGUGAGAAAUUGACAUGUACAUCCUUAAGGUUAUAAACCGUAACAUGCUUUCAACUUUUUGUUUUCCUAUCCAAAAACCCAGCCAGCGUACAAAGCUGUGUUGGCUUUGCUGGCUAGGCUAGCUAGUUAACCUCGUUAGCUUAACUGCUAGCUAAGCCAUUAAACACAUGACAUUCUAGCUAGCUGUCAUGUUUUUAUGGCUUAUAGCCACAACCCUUAUCUUUUACACAACUGUGAGUAAACUGAAGUUAAACGACCAUACUAGAGGCUAGUUAUUAAUAUAAUUGAAGUGAGUGGUAGCUAACUAACAAGGUGACGUCGUCACACAGCGGGGCGACAUCCCACACAAAUCAUUAACCCAAAAAAAAAUCAGAACUGACGAGCCAACAGUGGCUGUAUUGGCAGAUUUUUUACUCUGUCGUGGUGUUUUUUGUUGUUGCAUGCAGUCGCCAUACUGUUAAUUAUAUAUUAAUGUACUACCUUGAAUGUGUCAUCACAUAGGAUUCUCGGGGCCCUUCCACGCUACACAGCUGUGGCACAACAUUAUCCAGGCGCUGCAGACACAGGUGGAGGUGCGACGACGGCGGCGCCACCUGCGUGUCCACCCUGACUGCUUCACGGGCUCAGAUGCUGUAGAUGCUGUGCUCAACUACCUGAUGCAGAACGUCGUCUUCUGCGCCAGCGAGGUGUCCCGCCUCAAGGCCGCCAGGCUCUGCCAGGCGCUCAUGGAGGCCAAGGUGUUUGAGGCGGUGGGGACCAAGCUGUUCCGACGGGACAAGGAGGUCACUUUCGAGGACACGGGCUGCAGCCUCUACCGUUUCCAGGACUGCGGCUCGCUGCCCGGCUCAGCCAGGAAGGAUGGGGACACAGAGAAUAUGGCCCCCGAGGACUUCGUGGGCAAGAGGAAAAAAGGCUCCAGGUUUGUCUGAGUCACAAACAUGCACACACACACUCUUAUUCUUUCUGUGUUUCUCUCUUACGCACACACACACUUGCUUUUACUAUACCUCACUACAUCAUCACUGCCCUUGAUGUCGAUGAUAAUCUCUCCCUCUCUCUGCAGACUGAAUGAGCUGAGGAUCAUCUCCAACCCCCUGGCGCUGGGCCCCUCUGACCGGAGGGUGGAGAGGUUGCUGAAGACAAUCAACCUACAGCUCUUCCUCCCUAAGGCCAUGACCAAAGCCCCCACCGCCACCUUCCUCUCAAAGACGGGUGAGAUGGCAAAGCCUGGCUGUCUUCACCUGGCCAUGUUGGAAAUUACUAUAUUGAAAAAGGAAAAGUUCAUGUACUUGCUCACUAGUCCUGUCCCCUUUUCCCCUCUUUCCUUCCCUCUUUUCCAUUCUUUGUAUCACUCCAUCCCCCCCCCCCCCCUUCUCUCUUCCUAUUUUUUCUCACUCCAUUUUUUUCUUUCCCACUCUUGCUUCUCAUUCUACCCCCCUCUCUCUCCCUUCCCCUCUGUCAGUGGUGGAGGAGGUGUGGAAGCAGCAGACGCUGCUCCAGCUGCUGCAGACGGUGGAGCUGCCCGUGCUGGACUGCAUCCUGGCGUCCCCGACCCGGGGGGCUCAACCUCACCCCCAGGCUGGAGCCCUGCAGCCGCUGCAGAGCCAUCACCAGGACCUGGUCAUCUCCAACACCUGCCUGGACCGCGAGCUGCCCCAGAGCCUCAACCUCCCAGAGUUAGUACCUAACCAGCCGCCAUAGAAUGACUGACAUAUUGAGCGUACCCAUGAAGGUGCAGUCAAAUUGCUGUGGUGUGAGGGCCUUUUGCCGUUCAAGUUAUUCUGUUUAUAUGCUACCUGCCUCUACAUGGCAUGGAUCAGGAGUGGUUGACCCUUCUCCUGGAGAGGAUUUUGUUCCAACCUUUCUCUAACACCUGAUUCCGUUGUGUAAUGCUGUGAUGAGCAGCUGAUUAGGUGAAUCAGCUGUGUUGGUGCUGGAACAAGGCCUGAACCCCUAAACACAUUCCAGUUCAUGUCAUGAUGCUCAGCGCUUCAAGCCAAGCUUGAAGACUGUAACAGAACGAAAAAAUAUGAGGGUUCGGUCAAAACGCUAACAACCUCCCAUUGAAUUAUAUUAAAGCUCUUUUGACAUUAAAAGAAUGCCCUGACGUUUGCUUCCUCUCCCUGUGAUACUGUAGGCUGGACGCGUGGCUGGUGGCAGCCGCCGACUGCCUGGAGCUCUUCCCUGACCAGCUGAUCGUAUUGGCGGGGGAGCACCUCCUCCAGCAGGGCGGUACCACGGGGGCAGAGAGGAUGGCCAGCCAGAAGAGACUGCUGUUUGACACCAUGGCUAAGCACUACGGAGGCCAGGAGAGGUCCCCGCUGCUCACCGGACGCUACCUGGACAUCCACACGGCCAUACUGGACCUGCUGGGUGAGACUGGCUGGUUGAGGAAGUAUGGUGGGGUGUAGCGUUAGUGUGUUUUCUACAUGUAGAUCCGUGUGUGCCUACGUGUCUCUUUGACACACACCCACUCACUGUCUCUCCCUAUUUUUCCUCUUCGUGUGUGUGUGUUCUCAGACGGUGGGAAGGUGGAUGAUGCUAUCAGGGCCUAUCAGCUGUGUCUGCGUCUGCUGGAGCCUGCUGGGAGAGAUGAGCUGAGGAGACUCCUGGCCUUCAUGGCCACAGCAGCCCAUCCGGAUGCAUGCCGCCUGCACAAACAGGUAAUCUCACUCCAUACACACACUAUUUUAAAACGAUUGUUUCUCAAAUAAUGGGUCAGGGCCCAAUGAUAAAUACUAUAUACAUCAGUGGUGGGCAAUCAUACCCUGCGACGUGGCUGUGGGUGCAGGCUUUUGCAUCAGCCAAAGUGGUAACACUGGUGGUCCACUGUGUGACUGAGCACUCUGUAUGUCCCAACAGACAGACAACAGGUCCCUGGUCAGCAGGACAUUUCUGAAGGCCAUCGUGCAGAAUAAAGAGCUAUCUCGUACCCAGAGCGAGAGGCUGCUGCUGUUUCUGAUGGACAACCACACUCAGCUCUUCAAGGUAAGCACAUGAAAUCCCUGAUCCUCUUCCCUGGCCCUCUUCUGUCUUCACCUGGCCAAUACCAAAAUAAACAAGUUGUAGGGCCGCAUUGUUGAACGGAAAUAGUAGCUACAGAGGGAGGAGGCUUUAAAAUCAGGAUUUGGACACCUUGCCUUUUUAAAGUCGGGCAUCUGAAGGCUUAAUACUGCACUCUAUUCUCAAGGGUGUAAUCUGUACUACAGUAGGGAGGAGGUACUACAGUAGUUUCAAGCUCUUUUGUUGUCUUCAAUUUGUUUGCUGUAUUUCUGACAUUGCCUGAUGCAUUAAGUGCAGCAUGUAUAUGAUUUGUUUAUGUGAAUGAAAUAACCUUUUUAUCAACCCUUCUCUAUCUAUAAUGGAAAUAGACCCCCACAUCGCUGAUUGAAGCUGUGAGGAGGACACUGCAAAUCCUGCAGCAAGGAAGAGAUCCGGACAACAUUGCGAGUGAGUUCAAUCCAACUUGAGUAAAUUCGGUCCCACUUGAUACAUAAUUUUAGGACUUGGUGAUAUACAGUAUAUGCCUUUCUGUGCUGAUGCUAUUAUCAUAACAGUACUACAUGAGCUCCCGAGUGGCGCAGCGGUCUAAGGCACUGCAUCUCAGUGCUUGAGGCGUCACUACAGACCCCCUGGUUCGAUUCCAGGCUGUAUCACAACCGGCCGUGAUUGGGAGUCCCAUAGGGCGGCGCACAAUUGGCCCAGCGUCGUCCGAGUUUGGCCGGUGUAGGCCGUCAUUGUAAAUAAGAAUUUGUUCUUAACUGACUUGCCUAGUUAAAUAAAGGUUAAAUAAAAAAAUUAUAAGAAUGAGUCAUCCUCAAUAAUGGAAUAAACCACCAUCAGUGUCAUGUUCACUAGGCACGAAAUGAAAGAAAACCGACUGAAACAGGCAGGGACUACCAAUGAGAAGCUAAUUUCCGUUUUUCCGUUGCAAAAUGUUUUCUGAUGUGUUCCCUAAUAAAUACACCCCCUGUAUUGACUCCCUUCUCCUCCUCCGUUGCAGUGUUCACGUUCUGCCAGCAGGUGUCGCUGCAGCAGUACGAGGACCAGCGCGAGGCAGCCACCCUGGAGAGCUUGACGCAGCUGAUCAGAGACAUCAGCCUGAGCGAGGCCCUGUCUAUCAAGGAGAGGAGGCAGGCGGGUCAAGGACUUCCAGAAACACCAUCCCAUAGUCUUUCUCCAGCACUUCUCCUCCACCUUCUAGGGGGAAAGAAAUGUAAUGAGUGGUGGGAAACCCAAUCCAAAAUCAAGCCUUACCUCUGCCAUGCAUUUGUAGAUUUGAAAGGAUUGGAUCAGUUAUAAGCAAUUCAAGGUAUUAAGUAUUCCACUUACCCAAUCAGAGGGUAAGGUCAUUCCAGGGCCAUGUUCAGUUGCAGAUUGAGAUGUGAUUCCUUAUUCUACAUGUCAGAGGCAUGUUUGAUCUACAUAGUGUAUUUAUAUCUGAACGUUCUAAACUUUCAACCUGCUGAACGUGCCUCUGGUCUACACAAGGGCAUACUGCAUAGGGGAUGGGCCUAGGGGUUGAUUUUUUGGAAUUGGGCAGUAAGGGAUCCUUGUCGCCUUAAUAAGUGCUUUGGUUCUUUGUUAUGCAAACAGUUGUCACAGUGCUGUGCGCGUUACGUGGGAUGAAAUAUCUAUUUUGAUUUGAUGUAGGCCUAGUUUGUGUCAUAUUUUAGUGUUGUUACUCUCACGAGGCUUUGCUUUUCAAGAGGUCUUAUGCAUCCGGCUUCGGAAUGCAUUUGCACUAGUUCCUAGGCCAUAGUAAGUUCUCAUCAACACUAGAUGCUAGUGGUAUGAUAGUAGCAAUUGUUUUGUUCUAACACGAAGAGAUGCACUUACCCAAGUGCCUCAAGAGUUUAUUUCUGGGGAAUGAGAGCAUUCUCUGCUUUCCUUAGCUGAUGCCUGUCAGGGAAAACUCUUGAUUUCGUUGAAAUCUACAUCUAAUGUUGGUAACACAUUUGCACAUGUAUUUGUUUCCAACUAACAGGCAUAGGAUCUGGGAAUCAAUUCAGGGGUUGUUUUGGUAUCAAGUAGCUAGUUUUCUCAGGUAGUUUUUUAUUUAGGUACUGUGAAUAGAAGUUUACUGUAGAUUAAGCUUGAAGAGAAAUCGCUUUAGACAAAUAAGCAUUACACUAUUUCUUUACCUUAAUUGAAAUUUAACACACUUGUGUUUUUAAGACCGUCAUUUAGCAAAUUACUUAUUGUUUUGAAUUUCGUCAAUUGCAUCUUAAAACUGGUAAGGGAAUAAUGCUGGUAGCACUACUUUUAUAUUUGUACAUUUUCUGUAGGGGACAGUUCUGUUGCAAUGGUAUUUAUCUACUGUAGUUAUUUGUGGAACUGUUUCCCACACUUAUCAAUAACCUAUUACAUAUCUGUUAAUCACAUAGUUGACACUAACUAUUCUAAUAUAUUGACUUGUAAUAGGUUUUGAGCAUAUGGGUUUGUAA